ACUUUCACCUGACUUUUUUACCUAGCAGUUUUUGCUCAUUUAUUUUCUGGAAUCUGCUGUUUCAGACUUGGUCUUCCUUGUUUUAGGGUUAUGCUACUGUAAACCGAAUCUACUGUCAUCUUUCUGGCACAGUUAAUGUUUGACUAAGUUGAGUUGCAUAGUCAACAUGAUAUUCACCAUGAGGAUUCAAAUAAUUAUUGUUGGUUCAAUUUUGGGAAUUGCUGUAAGCAAUCAUUCAGAAACAAAAAUAACAGCACCAGGUUCUCAAGUCGCAUUCCCUUGUGAUUUAAAAAAUAAUGUCUUGCACUGGAUGUGGCGUCCCGGAUGUGUUAACAACAGUAAAUCGUUCCACGUCAUUUAUACUACAAGAAAAGAAAGUGAAAUUCUUCAGUUAGAUAGAUUUAUGGGCCGUUUACGGGUGAUGUUUGAUCAGACAUCCGGAUUUUAUACUCUCCUUCUCAGUGGUGUGGUUGUGAGUGACUCUGGAAAGUUUUCUUGUACAGAUGAAAAACGAGAAGGAACACAUUACAACUUGGAGGUUUCUGCAGGUUGCUACAGAAAUGUUCAACUAAAGGCAGAAUGGAACAAUAACGAACCCCGAAUUGGAAACAGCUUAAGAAUGACUUGUUCCCUUUGUUCUAAUGAAAGUGAUUCAAACACAACAUUCUUUUGGUUCUUCAAUGGAAACCCAAUAGAGGGUUCACCUGACUUUACAAUUAAAAAUCAGGAAGUAACAAUAGAAAAUGUGCAUGCUAAACAUCAAGGAAAAUGGAGCUGUGGAUAUCUGAAAAAUGCUUCCAGCACUUCAGAGUACUGCCUGAGUAUUAAUCAUGAAGAGAAUGGGAACAAAAGGUCCACACUAAAAUUCAUUUCUAGUCGCGAACUUGUGAAAUCUGCUUUGUGGUCUUUGAUCCUAGGUCAAUCUCUUCUGAUAACCCUAAUUGUUUCCUCCUUGUUUAUCUUCUCCGUUAUUCUGAUAAUUGGAAUCUGGUUCUACAGAAGUAUAAAAAUUGAAGGUUAAUAUCCUCAUCAGCAAACCUAUAGAGUAAGAAGAAUUUCUCCUGUGGAAAAGUGAAAGAAAUGAUAAUUUCGAAUUGUACUACUGCACUGUGACAGAAUGUCAACACUUUUUAUCACGCCACAUGCUGAUGACUUUCGCUGCCAAACUGCACUCAUUGCAGCCGAGUUUGCCGCACCUUCCUUCAAACCAAAAGUCAACAGUGAAGGAGGGGCAUCUCUAGGCCGGAGGCUGCCUUGCUUGGUGACCAGCGAUGGCCUAAUCAUUUCAGGUGCUGCAGCGGUGGGAUUUGUUCUGUUUCCAGAGCAUCUUAGUAGUUCUGGAGAAAAAAACUCUUCUUUAGUCAGGCAGUGGCUUAGCUUUUCAGAGAAUGAGAUUAUUCCUGCAAGCUGCGCCUGGACGUUUCCUGUGCUUGGAGUAGUGAACAGCAGUAAACAGAUAAUAGAUCGAGCUGAGGCAGAUUUAAAGAAGAUACUGAAUGUGCUGGACAUGCACCUUAAAUUAAGAACUUACUUGGUUGGAGAGAGUAUAACCCUUGCUGACAUUUCUGUGGCCUGUGCCCUGUUGCUUCCAUUCAAAUAUGUCCUAGACCCUGUUGUACGAAAACCUUUCAUCAAUGUCACCCGUUGGUUUGUAACCUGUGUCAAUCAACCUCAGUUUAAGAAAAUUCUGGGAGAGGUGAAACUUUGUGAGAAGGUGGUCCAAAUUAAUUCGAAAAAUGCCAAGCCCACUGAAAUCCUGCAGUCUAAAGGCCAAGACAUUCCUGCCGUUCCACCUCCGAAAACAGAAGCCCAGCUAAAGAAGGAAGCUAAGAAAAGGGAAAAACUGGAAAAAUUUCAACAGAAGAAGGAGAUGGAACAAAAGAAACAACAUUCACAGACAGAGAAAAAAGCAAAACCUGAGAAGAAGGAACUGGGAGUGUUUACCUAUGACAUACCAACUCCAGCUGGAGACAAAAAAGAUGUAACAUGCACAAUGCCAGACUCUUACAGUCCUCAGUAUGUGGAGGCAGCCUGGUACCAAUGGUGGGAGAAGCAAGGUUUCUUCAAGCCCGAAUGCGGGAAGAAAAGCGUCUCAGAACCUAAUCCUAAAGGUGUGUUCAUGAUGUGCAUCCCACCCCCUAAUGUAACUGGUUCUCUCCACUUGGGCCAUGCUCUCACCAAUUCUAUUCAAGACUCUCUUACUCGUUGGCAUCGUAUGCGUGGAGAGACCACAUUGUGGAAUCCAGGCUGUGACCAUGCUGGCAUUGCUACACAGGUAGUAGUAGAAAAAAAACUGUGGCGUGAACAGAAGAAAACACGUCAUGACCUUGGCAGAGAGGCAUUCAUCCAAGAAGUGUGGAAAUGGAAAAAUGAAAAGGGAGAUCGCAUUUACCAUCAGCUAAAGAAACUGGGAUCAUCUCUAGAUUGGGACAGAGCAUGUUUUACAAUGGAUGAUAAACUGUCUUAUGCAGUACAAGAAGCUUUUGUGCGAAUGCAUGAAGAAGGUGUGAUAUAUCGCAGCAAGCGACUGGUGAACUGGUCUUGUACCCUAAACUCUGCCAUCUCAGAUAUAGAAGUGGACAAGAAAGAGUUAAGUGGACGCACACUUCUUCCAGUUCCUGGUUAUAAAGAUAAAGUAGAAUUUGGUGUUUUAGUCUCUUUUGCAUAUAAGAUUGAUGGUUCAGAUGAGGAGGUUGUGGUGGCCACUACACGUAUUGAGACCAUGUUAGGCGACACAGCUGUGGCGGUUCACCCACAGGAUUCUCGAUAUCUACAUCUUAAAGGAAAAUAUGUUGCUCAUCCUUUUUGCAAUCGAAAAAUGCCAGUUGUAUUUGAUGAGUUUGUGGAUGUUAAUUUUGGAACAGGUGCUGUGAAGAUUACUCCUGCUCAUGAUCACAAUGAUUAUGAAGUAGGCCUAAGACACAAUCUGGAAUUUGUUAACAUAAUUGAUGAUGAUGGUUUUCUAAUCAAUGUACCAGCACCAUUCCUUGGAAUGAAGAGGUUUGAUGCACGUAAGGUUGUUCUGGAAGCCCUGAAACAGAAAGGCCUCUUCAAAGAAGUUAAAGACAAUCCCAUGGUGGUUCCUGUUUGCAGUCGUUCAAAGGAUAUUGUGGAACCUUUGAUGAAACCUCAGUGGUAUGUGAGAUGUGAUGAAAUGGGACGACAAGCAGCUGAGGCCGUUCGGUCUGGAGAGCUAAAGAUUAUUCCUGAGGCACAUCUUAAAACCUGGUUCAAUUGGAUGGACAAUAUAAGAGACUGGUGCAUUUCUCGGCAACUGUGGUGGGGCCAUCGAAUUCCAGCAUACUUUGUGACUGUAAAUGAUCCUUCUGUUCCACCAGGAGAGGAUAUAGAUGGAAAAUACUGGGUGAGUGGACGCAGUGAGAAUGAAGCACUGCAAAAAGCUUCUCGAGUGUUUGGAGUCUCUGAAGACAAGAUCUCACUUCGACGGGAUGAAGAUGUUCUGGAUACAUGGUUCUCUUCUGGACUCUUUCCUUUCUCUAUUUUUGGCUGGCCCAAUCAGAAUGAGGAUUUGCAAGUGUUUUACCCUGGGACCCUGCUGGAGACAGGCCAUGAUAUCCUUUUCUUCUGGGUGGCAAGGAUGGUUAUGCUGGGACUUAAGUUAACAGGAAAGCUACCCUUCAAAGAGGUAUAUCUGCAUGCUGUAGUAAGAGAUGCUCAUGGUAGAAAAAUGAGCAAAUCUCUUGGCAAUGUUAUUGAUCCCUUGGACGUCAUUACUGGGAUUUCACUUGAGGGCCUUCAUGCUCAACUUGCAGACAGCAACCUAGAUCAAGCAGAAACUGAACGUGCCAAACAAGGACAGAAGUCUGACUAUCCAAAUGGAAUUCCUGAAUGUGGCACUGAUGCUUUACGUUUUGCUUUGUGUGCGUACACCAGUCAAGGUCGUGACAUCAAUUUGGAUGUUAACCGUAUUCUUGGCUACCGACACUUCUGUAAUAAAUUAUGGAAUGCUACAAAGUUUGCCAUUCGAGGUCUUGGGGACCAUUUUAAACCAGAGUCUCAGUUCCAGAUAACUGGUCAAGAGAGUCUGAUAGACUCUUGGAUUUUGUCUCGUCUUUCCCAUGCUGUGGUGUUGUGCAACGCUGGAUUUCAGACUUAUGAUUUUCCUGCUAUUACUACUGCUAUUUACAAUUUCUGGUUAUAUGAACUUUGUGAUGUGUAUUUGGAAUGCUUAAAACCAGUCUUCAAUAGUAAUGAUGCCAGAGCAAUAUUAAUCUCUAGAAAUACCUUGUACACAUGUUUGGAUGGUGGUCUUCGCUUGCUAAGUCCAUUUAUGCCAUUUGUGACUGAAGAACUUUUCCAGAGAUUACCUAGAAGAUCAGAGCAAGCACCUCCCAGUAUUUGUGUGACUCCCUACCCCGAUUCUGCUGAGUUCUGCUGGAGGAAUGAUGACAUAGAUCGAAACAUGGAAUUCAUCAUGACAGUCAUUAAAACGAUUCGUUCAUUGCGGGCAGAUUAUAAUCUUACAAAGACCAAAGCAGACUGUUAUUUGCAGUGUCUGGACUCGGAAACCGUUGCUGUUGUGACGCAGUUCAUUUCCUGUAUUCAGACUCUCUCCUCCUCAAAUACGGUAUCGGCAUUCAAAGAUGGAGAACCCCCUGCUGGCUGUGCCGUCGCUAUAGCAUCUGACAAGUGUACAGUAAACUUGCUGCUUAAGGGGUUAAUCGAUGCUGAAAAGGAGAUCUCCAAAUUAACAACAAAGAAAAGUGAACUGCUAAAACAAAUUGAGAAGCUACAUGAGAGAACAUCCAAAGCAGACUACAGAGAAAAAGUACCUCAGAAAGUGCAGGAAGGGGACUCCGAAAAGCUGAAACAGUGUGAGACUGAAUUGAGAAAGGUAGAAGAAGCCACUGAAAACUUCAAAAGGAUGAUCUGAAAUGACCUAGUACAAACAUCAAAAUGACUGUUCUUUAAGCCUCAAAAUGUUGGAAGCACAAUGUGCAUAGGAGAUGACCAAUAUCAGUAGCUGUAAAAUUAAGAGCUCAAGAAGUACAAAAAUAAACCGUUUAAUAUA